AUGGUUUAUUAUUUCAAAUCGACGGUCGUGGACCCCCCGGCGUUCGUCUACGUUGGCAAGGACAAAUUUGAGAGUGGACGAGGAAUUAAUCAAGUAUGGCUGGGAGGAGGAUGUCUGUUUCACGUAGACAAACUCUCGAGUGCGCAUAUCUACCUAAGACUCAACGAGGGCGACACAUGGGACAACAUACCCGAGGAUCUCUUAACGGACUUGGCGCAGUUGACUAAGGCCAACUCGAUCGAAGGGAACAAGAAGGAUAAUAUCACCAUCAUCUACACACCCUGGUCCAACCUUAAGAAAGAUGGAAGCAUGGCUGUUGGUCAAGUAAGCUUCAAGGACCAACGGCGAGUCAAAAAGAUCCUAGUGUCCACACGAGAAAACAUGAUCAUCAACCGCCUCAACAAGACCAAAGUCGAGAAGCAACCUGACCUCCAGCAAGAGAGAGAAGACCACAGAAGAGAAUUAAGGAAGAGGGAUCAAGCCGCGCAACAACAACGGAAAAAGGAAGAAGCCAGAGUGCAGAAGGAGAGACAAGAGAAAAAAUGGCAAAAGGAUCACGCCUACGAUGACCUAUUCACAGAGGAAAACAUGGAGUCCUCGAGUAAUCAGAACCGGGCUGCAGAUUGGGAGGAAGAUUUUAUGUGACUAAAGAAACUGCCUAAUAAAACGCACACUACAACCAAAUUUUGCAAUGAACAAUAACGCUUCGGCCCAUCCAUCCAUCGAGGCUAUUGACUUGAUACCCCUUUGCUCAACACCGAAUGGCUACGUAAAAGGCGCCUUUUAGUUUUGAAUCACCAAUCACUAAUUCGCAGACUCAUCGUAAACCACCAUUAUAAUCCUACCUCCCUAUUUCCGAGUUUCCCACCUCUUCUCCACACCCCAUUAGACUCCCCGUCCAACCUUUCGCACACCGACACCCCGAACCUUAUGAUCAUUCGGGUUCGGCGCCGCCUCGUAUAAAAUAUUCACCGGCGCGCGACCAAGCUGCAUCCACUCACCACGGAAUCCGAUAUAACUCAAUCUCGUGACAUCAUCCGCGUCAUCACUGAAGUUAU